GGCCAGCAGAGGAGAGAUCACCUCCCUCUGGUCAGUAGUGUGGUUCAAAUCUGCACAGAGGCAGAAAAACUCCAGUAGAAAGAGGGUUUUUUUCUAUAAAAGUGAGGACUUUAUAGAGUGGUUUAUAUGGUUUUUGUGGAUUUAAUUUUACAGACAGAUGCCAUUUGUACAUGCAUGUGUUUCACUUAUCCCUCAGAGGAAACACCUUCUCAACACAUGUGAGGAGUGUUUCUGGCUGGUCCUCCUCCAAAGGAUGGCAGGGAGUGGAUCAUAGAGGAAGGCUGCUCCCUCUGAAGCAGCUACAUCAGCUCCUCUGUCACACACACUGAGUGACCAACAUCCUCUCACUGCUCCUCCAUCCAAAUGAUGGGAUUGUAUCUACAUGUUGGCUGACACACCAGGUCAAAAUUGGAUCUAAACUCAUUCUUUUUCCGUUGGAAACUUUGUGUAAAUCACACAGACAGCUCCCAUCCAGGACCAAGGUGAGAGAGCUGGUGGAGCAUCUUGCAGGUCUGAAGGCCAUGGUGUCAUACCCUCCCUGAGUCCCUGUGAAGACACCAGACUUACGGUUGGUCCAGGUCUGUGGUUGGUGCUGGAGUUUAGUGUGAAACAGAAAGUCCUGAUGAAGAUUUGAAGCCUCAGUGAAGCAGGAUGGAGCCCAUUCAGAAAGACAUGGAGCUGCUCAGUAACAGCAUGGCCACCUACGCUCACAUCAAAGCCAAUCCGGAGAGCUUCGCCCUCUACUUCAUGAUGGGCGUGUGUUUCGGCCUCCUCAUGGCGCUGUGCCUCCUGGUGACCGCCAUCGCCUGCAGGACCCGCCGCCACAGCAGGCCUCCCCCUUCCCCAGAGAGGAGGCAACUGAAGGAGUCCAGCGCAGAGGAAGACGAGGAUGAGGAGGAUGAGGAGGGGGGCGUUGAUGAGGAAGAUGAGGAGGCAACGCAGAUCCCUAAAGUGACACUGGGGCCCCUGAGUGACGGCAGCAGUCAGUCUAACGGGACUCUGAGGAGUGUGAACGUGUUUGCAUCCGCAGAGGAGCUGGAGAAGGCGCGCCGCCUGGAGGAGAGGGAGCGAAUAGUCAGGGAGAUCUGGAGGAACGGACAACCGGACAUCCUGGUCACGGGGACGGGGACCAUUGGACGAGUGCAUUACCACUAACACACACUUUGACUGUGAUAUCCUCUCUGACUGCAGAAGGCAGAGGACACUUUUAGAUCUCUGUGGCGGGCCAUGUUCAAAAUUAAAAUAAGAGACUUUGUCAAAUGAAUGGGAUGGCGCACAUGAUAUUUGCCCUCCCCAGGGUCAUUAAUGGUGGAACAAUCCACUAAACUGACAGAAAAUGGAUAUCUUGUCCACAGAUUCAAACUUUUCAAUCUUAACUGAACUUCUAAUGUGAAACACAAAUGUAAAUAUUAACAAAACUCACUGAGACAGAACUGUUGCGCUCUGAAUAAGUGUAACAAUGUCAAGUUAAUUAAAAUACAAAAUUAAGACAACUAAAAAGGAAAAGAAAGGAAAUGCACUUACCCUUUCCGCCCCCCCCCCAUAAGAUUCGUACAAUCCCUAGUACAAGAUUAGAAAAUCAUAAAGUAAAAUAUGCACUCAUGUCAUUAAAAAUCCUAUAUAUUAUUUUAAAAUGCAGCUCUCUGUUAUGAAAUGUUAUUUCAUCUGUAUUAAUUAAGAAAUACCUGUAUAUUUGUAUGGCAACAAAAGAACGCUGGAAUAAAAUAACAAUUGAUUGAUAUAAUAAUGUGAUAUAAUGUUGAGCUGGGUUUCAUUGCAUGAGGUGAAUUACUUUAUUAUUUUGUAUAUUGUGUCUCUUUUUAUUCACGUUAAGUCUCAUUCUGUAAUUGCAUUUUCAAAAUGUUUGUUCUCCAUAUAUUUAGUUUAAUAUUUCCUGUGACAUCAACAGAUUUUGUUAGCAGCAUACUUGGCUUCAUCUGUAUUUGACCAUAUCUUUGCAAUGUGAAAAAUUAAAAGUUGCACCACUUUUUCAAUCAACAACAGCA